GUUUGUCUAGGCAAGCGGAAUGAAUUAUCUUCAUCAAAUGAGACCUCCUAUUGUUCAUAGAGAUUUGAAGUCUCCAAAUCUUUUGGUUGAUGAUUCAUACACUGUUAAGGUAUGUGAUUUUGGCCUUUCACGUACAAAGGCAAACACAUUUCUUUCAUCUAAAACCGCUGCCGGAACUCCUGAAUGGAUGGCACCCGAAGUCAUCCGAGGAGAACUGUCAAAUGAAAAAUGUGAUGUAUUCAGCUUUGGUGUAAUCUUGUGGGAACUAGUGACCCUGCAACAACCAUGGAGACAAUUAAAUCCUUCACAGGUUGUUGCAGCUGUCGGUUUUAUGGGCAAAAGGCUAGAGAUUCCAAGGCAUGUGAAUCCUCAAGUGGCUGCCUUGAUUGAGCUUUGCUGGGCCACGGAACCCUGGAGACGGCCUUCUUUCUCCUAUGUUAUGAAAUGUUUGCAGCAAAUAAUUGCUGAUGCUAAAGGGUGAUCACACUGAUAAUCUUCAACCCGUAUACAGACGAGAAACAGCAAUAUUGAACAGAAAAAUAAAUUGGAUUCCAGUUUAUUCAGAUCAGAUUCUUCCUAAUUUGAAUUUAUAUAUGUACUGCAUUUUGUUAUUUAUUUUUGUUCGGUGUAAUACAUAUUCAAUCUCAAAUUCAAAAUCAUGUAUGAGCAUAAUUUGCACUAAAUAUGCAAAUGAAUUGAGUCAUUCGUGAUUUACUUGGA